CUAUAAACUCAGACCUAAACAUUCUGCCAUCUUUUGAAUCAUAAAAGUAGCCCAGAACACCCCAAUGGCAUCCCCAAAUCCCCCCUCAGCAGCGCUCCUCAUCGUCGACGUACAAGAAGACUUCUGCAGGCCAAACGGCAGCCUUGCCCUGCCCGGCGGCCGGGAAUUAGCCACGCCCAUCAACAAACUACUCGCAUCGCCAGGUUUCAAAUUGAAGCUGGCAGCGCGAGACUUCCAUCCCCGCAAUCAUGUCUCCUUCGCAUCGCAGCACGAAGGAGCGGUGGCCUUUACUUCCGAAACGACGAUUACGAAUCCCGAGAAUGCGGCGGAGAGCAUCACCAAAGUCUACCACGACCACUGCGUCCAAGGCACACCCGGCUGCGAGAUCAUUCCCGAAAUCCACACCGCCAGACUCGACGCAAUCAUCAACAAAGGCACCGACGCUAAUUUAGAAUCCUACUCUGCCUUCGGGCCCCCAUUCAGAAAUCCGCGCGUGCGCGCCACACGCUUGCACGCAAUGCUGCAGGAUGCGGGCAUCACGCACGUCUUUUGCGUCGGCCUGUCGUACAAUGUGUGUGUGCUGCACUCCGCGCUCGACGCGGCGGAGUUGGGGUACACGACGUUUGUCAUUCGCGAUGUGACGGCUUCACGGCUGGAUGUGGAGGGGUUGAGGGCUACACGGGAGGCGUUGGAGAGGGGUGGGGUGGGGGUUGUUGAGAUGGGGUCUGCAGAGCUGGAGUUUGCACGGGUGGAUCGGUAGAUUCUAUGGUAUGGUGAUAUUUCCAUGACUAGCCCUUGAAGGGGUACUUCUCGCGCAGGGCUU